UUUCCAGAGGCCCGGCUGGAGUAAAGGUGUGGAGGAAUCAACAUCCCAUAUACCUGGCUUCAAUAUACGGGAUAUACUUUGUUCAUAAAGAAAGGAAAAAAGACUGCAGAAAUGGUUCAUAUGAAGGCUAUUUUGCUGGGUGCUGCAAUGGCAGCCGUGGCUGUGACAACCAUCAUCGCUUUGAUUCUGGCUCUUGCAAACCGGCAGACUUUGGAUCAGCCAUACUCAACACAGUUCGGGAUUGUUUUUGAUGCCGGCUCCAGCCACACUGCCCUUUUCCUGUACCAGUGGCAGGGAAACAAAGAAAACAACACUGGAAUCGUGUCGCAGAAACAGAGCUGCGAUGUGGAUGGUGAUGGCAUAUCAAGCUAUGUCCAGAACCCUGCAGGAGCGGGAGAAAGUCUGAAGAAAUGCUUGGACAUUGCUAAGGCAGCAAUACCAACAGAACAGCAGAAGUCCACACCUGUGUACCUCGGUGCCACUGCUGGCAUGCGGCUUCUAAACUUACAGAACCAAACUCAAUCAGACAGCAUCCUUGCAGAGGUCGCCAAAACAAUUCAAACUUACCCAUUUGAUUUCCGAGGAGCCAGAAUACUCACAGGGAUGGAGGAGGGAGCUUAUGGCUGGAUCACCACCAACUACCUCUUGGAGAGCUUUAUUAAGCACACAUUUGAGGGCUCCUGGAUCCACCCUAAAGCCGGAAAGAUCAUUGGAGCUCUCGAUCUCGGUGGUGCAUCAACACAGAUCUCCUUUACCCCAAAAGACCCAGUCAGAGACCCAAAUUCAGCAUUUAAUCUCCAACUUUAUGGGUAUAAAUAUGAGUUGUACACUUACAGCUACUUGUGUUACGGCAAAGACCAGGCUUUGAAGAAACUCCAAGCCUACCUUCACAAGAAUGCGGGAUCAUCAUCAUCUAUCAGUCACCCCUGCUACCACAAAGGAUAUAAUCUCAAUCUUACUCUGGCUGAACUUUACAACUCCCCUUGUGUGGUCCCACCAAGCAGUUUCAACCCCAAGGAUACAAUCCUUUUUAAGGGAACAGGAAAUUCAUCCCUUUGCCUAUCUCUAAUAGAAAACAUUGUUAAUCUCACUGGUUGUGCAUUAUCCCCUGACUGUGGCUUCAAUGGCAUCUAUCAGCCUCCAGUCAACGGCGAAUUCUUUGCUUUUUCUGCAUACUUCUACACAUUUGACUUCCUCGGUCUUACUCCAAAAGCUCCACUAACAAAAGUUCUUUCCACUAUUGACACUCUCUGCAGCAAAAACUGGACAGCUCUAACUGCUGAAAAUCCAUCCAUUAAGCCAAAAUACCUGAAAGAUUAUUGUGCUUCUGGUCACUAUAUUACUACUAUUCUCUUGAAAGGAUACAAGUUCAAUAACACCUGGGAUCAAAUUUCUUUUGUAAAACAGGUUGCAGAUACAGAUAUUGGUUGGACGCUGGGCUACAUGCUGAACCUGACCAACAUGAUUCCUUCUGAACGCUCCAGUGCCGUUACUGGAGUGCCACACAGUCAAUGGGCCGCUGAGAUUUUCUUCAUCGCAUUUGCCCUCUUCCUCACUCUACUUAUUAUAGUCAUCCUAUCUGUCCGUGAUAUAACUAAGUAAACUGUGUUAUGAAUAUAUGUAUGUACAUUAGUAUUUAUCAGAUAAUAGACAUGUAAAUGGACGAGGAACUAUUGUUUACACAAACACUGAACUCUUUUUUUUUUCAUUCUGUACAUUUGUAGUUGAUAUUUCUUCAUAACUUAUUCAAAGUAGUGUCUUGUUUUUUAUGGCUGACUAGUUCAUACCUCAAUCAUUUAGUCUGUGCCAAAUAAUAAUACAUGAAAUUUGGUUACAGAGAUUUUUCUUUAUUCAUAAACUGAAUUAUGGGAGUUUAGUUUUUUUAAGGAACAAAAAGCACUUAACAGAUAUUAAAUAAAGCUAUAGUUACAUUAUUAUAAAAAUGAAGAAAAUGUACUGUGCUUUGUACAUAUUUAUAGAAUUAAGCAAUAUUGUAAAAGCAGCUUGUGUUUCCAGUUUAGCCUUCACUUUUUGUUUGGGGUCAGUAAGAUUUUUACAAAUUUCUAAAAUAAAACAUUCCAUUGUUUUAUCU